AUGAAUCGUUCAUACGAAAAAUUCUAUCGGCAUUUCGAGCGGCCACCUUUCGCACCUACAUAUUAUCCAAGUGAAGAGGAAUUUGUGGAUCCGAUCAGCUAUAUUGCUAAAAUUAAACCGGAAGCCGAACGAUAUGGCGUAGUUAAAAUAAAACCACCACCCUCGUUUCAUCCACCAUUCGCUAUCGAUAGUGAGCAUUUUGAAUUCACUCCUCGUGUGCAAAAGUUGAAUCAAAUCGAUGGUUUGGUUCGUUCGAAGUUGAUUUUCGAUACUGAACUCACGAACUUUUGGCAUCUCAAAGGACAACCACUGCACAUUCCUUGCAUUGAGAACAAAUAUGUGGAUUUGUUCCGUCUUUCAAGAGAUGUGUACAAGCUGAGCGAAACAGAGGAAGAGGCGAAUCGUGAGGAAUGUGUGAAAUCAAUGCAAGGUCGAAGACGUGCACCUGAACCGCGAACAAAAUCCAUGGCUGGUCUUAGACACCCAAUAACGAGCGACGAUCAGAUCAGAAAUUGUUCAGAAGUUAAAAAAGUGAAAUCAUUCGACCCAAUGGACGAAGUGAUGUGUAAGAAAUGUGGACGUGGUGACGAUGAGAAGUGUUUAUUGCUGUGUGAAGAUUGCGAUUAUUCACUGCACACCUACUGUUGUGAACCACCGCUUAACAAUGUGCCCAAAGGUUCGACUGUGGGAAGCGGAUUUCCGAUGCCAGGCAAAGACUUCAGUCAGUAUUCAGAUGCAAAGGAGAGAGAGCGCUAUUCGAAUCAUCCAUGGAAUCUGAAUGUGAUGCCUGUUUUGAGGGAGUCCGUACUCAGUCAUAUUGAUACGGGAAUAUCUGGUAUGAUGGUACCAUGGGUGUAUGUUGGCAUGUGCUUCAGUGCGUUCUGUUGGCAUACUGAAGACCACUGGACAUAUAGUGUCAAUUAUAUGCAUCGGGGUGAACGUAAAAUUUGGUAUGGAGUGUCUGGACUGGACGGGCAACAAUUCGAUGAUGUUGUCAAAACUUUAGUACCUGAUCUUUUUGAGAAACAACCUGAUCUAUUGCAUCAUAUGACAACAACUAUUAACCCAGCUCUGCUCAUUCAAAAGGGCGUGAAAGUGUACAGUGUCCAUCAAGAACCUGGUGAAUUCGUGAUAACAUUUCCGCGUGCUUAUCACGCUGGCUACAAUGAGGGCUUGAAUGUUGCUGAAGCAGUCAACUUUGCACCAGCCGAUUGGUUGUGUCGAGGUUGGUUGUGUAUAGCGGAUUAUGCACGUGUGAGACGUAACUGCGUCUUCUCAUUCGAAGAGUUGAUCGUGAGAAUGGCAAAGAAUGCAUCAGCGUUAAGUGUCGUCAUGUGUUUGGCUGCAUACGAGCAAAUGCAUAAGAUUUGUUCGCGAGAAUCAAAUCUACGUAAAUGCGUUGCUGAAAUGGGAGUUGACAAAACAAGUCGUGAGUUGUACGAAAAUAUCGCAGAUGAUCUGCGUAGUUGUGCUGUUUGUCGAACAACACUAUUCAUGUCAGGACUGCAGUGCAAACACGAACGUUUGGUUUGCUUGGAACAUGCAGAUCGACUUUGUUCAAAAUGUCAACCUUCUGAUUUGACUCUAAAAUAUCGUUAUACGUUGGAUGAAUUGGUGCCGUUUAUGACGAGUCUACAGGCAAAAACAAAGGACUAUGUUGAGUGGCGUGAAAAGAUGAGCAAACUACUUGACGCACAGCCUGAGCACAAACCCAGUGAGCAUCUGACUCGAUUUUAA